AUGUGUCGACGAAUGCAAGAUGCAAGCCGCAUUGCUCGCGACACUUGGCGUUGUCCACACACGCUUGCAUUGGCCAUCGCUGGUGGUGACGCAUCCAUGGAACGCUGCACGCUUCGGCAGGCCAAAAAAAAGGUAGCCGAGAUCGAAGCUUCCAUGCGGUCUGCAAGCCGGCCGUCGCAGCAUGGCAACGAUGCGCGUCGUCGCCGCAGCAUGGUGGCAGCGCGUCCGGCUCUGGCGACUGCUUGUACUGCCGAUCAUGUCGUUGCAUCGGCACGCUCGACAGCAAGUGCUGGGCGACGAAUUGCCUCCCAAGCCAAGGUUUCUGAGCGUGAGAAAAGUCGAGCGUCAGCCGCAGUCGGAUGCACCAGCUGGGCGGACGCCUUGGGCGUGUUCAAGAUCUGCGAUGAUCGUGUUCCGCAACCGGCCAACAGGGCGCGUGGCAGCCCCCGACGCGAAGAUCAGACGCGUGGCGAGAUGGGGAAAAACCAGGGUCCAACUCGCUUGCAGCUUUCGGCGAGCAGGCUGUUCGCGGCCGAACGUCGUUCCGCAAAGAAGACUCCGCAUGGGGAUCAACACCGCUCAUCUGGCAACAAGGCAAGACAGCCAGCGCCAUGGUGUAUCGACUCCGCCGAGAUGUGGUGGGGCUUCGGCAUCGACAGCAACAUGCUGGGCUGCGCAUGCGGUUGCCCCGCAUCCUUCCUUCCGCCGACUUCGUUCCGUGGUACUGUAGUGGUUAAGAAGUUUCCUGGCUCAGAGACCCUGGCCUUUGUCACCCUCUCCCGGCUGCGAGUUGGCAUUUGGGUCGUCGGCCCAACGCACCCCGGCCUGGCUGCGUCCAAUCCAACACCCGCGCUCGCCGCUCUCGCAUGCAACUCCCCUGCACUCUCACACGACACUGCGCGCACCAUCCCCUCAUCCUCAUCCUCAUCCACAAAGACAUUCAACACACUGCACAAGACUCAUCAAUCCAUAGAACAACUGGCCAGGACAGCGCAUCGCAUCUUGAUUCUCCACUCAGGCUGCGCUCUUAUCGCCAGCGAAAGGCCACUCGCCAUAUCAGCACGAUCACAUUGCGAUUCGGCAGCAUCCACGCCUCUCGUCGUGGCUAGAUAG